AUGUAUACAAGUUGUGAUAUUAAAGGUUCUGUUAAGGGAAAGAAUAUUAUUGAAAUAGAGGAUGGAGGUUCUAUAAGUAAUUUAAUUAUUGAUGUCCCGGCAAAGGGGAUUUGGUGUAAAGGAAGGUGUACAUUAACUAAUGUUUUCUUUAAAAGGACUUGUUACCAUGCCGUUGACUUUGGAAAUAGUUUGGACGGUACCCCUAAAUUAUAUCAAGUAAUUGGGGGAGCGGUAUUGAAUGCUGUUGAUAAAGUAGAAUUUUUUAUAAAAUCUAAAGAAAUAUUUUUAAAGGUUUUUACCCAAGCUGGGGCAGGCACAACAAUUAUUCAAAAUUUCUGUGCUCAAAAUUUCAGCAAAGUUUAUCGCUCUUGUGGGGAAUUAUGCAGUCAACACCCUCGAAGUAUUAAAAUGGCAAAUUGUAAAUUUAAAGGGCCGGGUCUAUCAUUAAUUUGUAAGUGGAUAAUUUAA